CUCAGCUCAGAAGCACUACGACAAUCUACCUGGGAACCGGUUGCAGUUCUGAAAGAAUAGACAUCUGAUUGCAUUUACGACUUUGCUUUUUAAAUAUAUAACUAUAUUUAUAAUUUAUUCUCUCUUAAAUAGUAAUUAUAAGUGCAUUCAAUGGAAUACCAAAAGGCGGCAGAAUUGAACGGUUUGUGCAAUGGCAAAAUUGUCACGGAGUAUCUCUGCCGUAACGGCUUUAGCGAGCUGACAGUCGAUACGAAGAAAGUCGCUGUGCAGCACAAAAACGAGACAUCCCGGAAAGAGGCGGAGGAUGAGUCGCGGUUACCUGCUCUGGAGGCGGCGUACACAACCAUCCUGCGAGGUCUGUGAGAGAACACGGACCGGCAGGGGCUCCUCAAACCCCCGCUCCGUGCAGCAAAGGCCAUGCAGUUCCUGACCAAAGGCUACCACGAGACUAUCUACGAUGUCCUUAAUGAUGCCAUCUUUGAUGAAGACCACGAGGAGCUAGUUAUUGUGAAAGAUAUUGACAUGUUUUCACUUUGUGAACAUCAUCUAGUACCAUUUUUUGGCAAGGUCCACAUAGGAUAUCUGCCAAGUAAAAAGGUUGUUGGCCUCAGUAAGUUUGCAAGGAUUGUUGAAAUCUACAGUCGCAGACUUCAAGUCCAAGAGCGCCUAACAAAGCAAAUAGCAAUGGCAAUCUCUGAGGCCUUGCAGCCUGUCGGUGUGGCAGUUGUCAUCGAGGCAACUCACAGGUGUAUGGUCAUGCGUGGAGUGCAGAAGAUGAACAGUCGUACUGUGACCAGUGCCAUGCUGGGCGUGUUCAGAGAGGAUCCAAAAGCUCGAGAAGAGUUCCUGGCCCUGACCAAAAGCGCACAGUGAUCACACUUCCUUCCCUGCUCCGACUCCAUCAGUGGGUUUACAGCCAAAUAUGCCAAUGAAUAUUCUCUACAUUUGAAACCCUCCAUGGUGCUAAGAGAAUCUCACUGAGCCAUAGCUGAAGAUCUUUCCACCAGCUACUGAGACUUGCAUAUAUAAAAUGUGAAUAUUGAAGGAUCAGUGCUACAUGAACUACUAGUUUUGAGCAAAAGACCUUGAGAAACUAACACUGAAUGGCCAAACAUGCACACAGCUGCCUUAAAACAGGUAGAGUUAUGUGUAAUUUCUAUUAUCUUACUUCUGUUAUUAACAAUUACUAAAUUAACAUAUUGCCUCAGACACUUGUCUAACCAUAUGACUUUUUACAAAAUGAAGAUAUUAGAACUAAUUUGUAUAUAACUUUAAAAGAAAAAUUUUUUUUG